UGAUAAACACAUGGAUACGAAGCUCUGUUUUGAAGCAAUCAACCGGACACUACGCCACGUUGCGGCGGCUUUGGUGGAAUUGGCGUGGUCAGACGGCUAGCCACGGCCGUAUAUUUUGAAAUCCCAGGAGGUGGCAUUUUCCAAGGAGAGGUACAUAACUCCACCGCCGGAUUCUUUUGAUUUGUUCUUGUGCAGAAACUGUGAAGAUAUUGGUAUGUCAAUUCCCGUUGCUAGCUUGCUAAUGCCACCGUUGCUCCUCCAAUUUGGGUGAAAGGGAAGAUGUAUGAAAUUGGAUCGUGUGGAAUUAGCAGCCUAAAAGGGCACAUCAAGAGGAGGAAUAAAUAAGAGCCUCAAUGAGUUCAUCUCCCUCUUUGGAAGAAUGUCCCUUGUACCAACUAAUGCUAAAGCUGUAGACGCUAGAAUUGAAUGGUUCUAGUAGUUUCAGGUUACAUUUAUAUAUUUCUAGCAUCUGUAUAUGUGCUGUUUGGGGGACGUUAUCGCCAGGGCCGACCCUGGUCCAGUGCAAACAGUACACCUGUCCAGAGCCGAAAUUGUUUUGGGGGCACUUCUUCCUUCAUGAAUCGGGACAGCGGUGUCCUGAGCCUUUCUUCCAGACCAGUGCCCUUCCGUCCCAGCUUUCCUUAUCAGCCUCUUGACCUCCGAAAUCGCUGCAGAAAUCGCCCAAAACUCGACUGAAUUUUACAGAAUCGGUUGCCGUCGUCACCGCUGCAGUCCCUCUGUGCGCAGCUCAUUGAGCUUUCUGGGUACUCUUGCUCCGAGCACACAAUUCAGACGAAAGAUGGGUACUUACUGGGUUUGAGAUGUGUUUGUUACUGCAAUUUCUACUUGGUUUGAGAUGUGAGGGACUAAAAAGAUUGUUUUGGUGGGGAGUGUUCCCCGUAAAUGAUCUGUGAGUAAAAUAUUGAUUAUGUGGACGCCUGAUUAGUGAAAAGCCAUACUUUCAUAGCUCCUUCCAAUUUUUUCAACAUAUUGGUCCUACCAUGUUGAUUAUUUCAAAUUUUGAAUGUAUAGCUCACUAUUUGGUGCCUCAACGAUUUCAUCUCCCUCUUUGGAAGAAUGCCCCUUGUACCAACUAAUGCUAAAGCUGUAGACGCUAGAAUUGAAUAGUUCCGGUAGAUUUUUCUAGCAUCUGUAUAUAUACUGUUUGGAGAAGGACGUUAUCGCGAUUCAGGGCCGGCCCUGGCUCAGUGCAAACAGUGCACCUGUCCAGGGCCGAAAUUGUUUUGGGGCACUUCUUCCUUCGCGAAUUGCGAUAGCGGCGACCAAAGCCUUUCUUCCAGACCAGUGCCCUUUGGUCGCGGCUUUCCUUAUCAGCCUCUUGACCUCCGAAAUCGCUGCAGAAAUUUCCCAAAACUCGACUAAAUUUUACAGAAUUGGUCGCUGUCGUUCACCACUGCAGUCCUCUGUGCGCAGCUCAUUGAGCUUUCUGGGUACUCUUGCUCCGAGCACACAAUUCAGACGAAAGAUGGGUACUUCCUGGAUUUGAGAUGUGAAGGACUAAUAGGAGUCAUGUUUGUUAGUGCAACUUCUGUACGGUUGAGAUGUGAAGGACUAAUGAGAUUGCUCUGGUGGGGAGUGUUCCCCGUAACUGAUACGCGGGUAAAAUAUGGAUUCUCUGGACGCCUGAUUAGUGAAAAGUCUUACUUUCAUAGCUCCUUCCCAUUUUUUCAACAUACUGGUCCUACUAAGUUGAUUAUUUCAAAUUUUGAAUGUAUAGCUCACUAUUUGGUGCCCCCUGAUCUGAAGUUUUCAGGUUCUGUUGAAAUUUCCUUUCUUGAAAAGAACAAUUGGGCAAAGUGAUGAACAUCCAUGGGAUACAUUUUAACUCAAUUGAACUUGGUUACUGGCUUUUCUUGAUCUUAACCAGGUGAUGCAUGAUUCUUAAAUUCUCCAGAAGAAUCGCUGGGAUUCGUCCUUGCAGAUGAAGGUUUCGAUGUAUGGGUAGGGAAUGUGUGUGGAACACGUUGGAGUCUGGGACACUCAUCUUUAUCAGAAGAGAGAAUAAGAUUUAUGCUUUACUGUAGAAAUUUUGGAAUUGGAGUUGGCGGGAAUUGGCUCUAUUUGAUCUACCAGAAAUGAUGCGUUGCAUUAUUCGACAACAAGCUCCAAAAUCUUUGUUGCUGGACAUUCACAGGGAACAAUCAUGUCUUUAGCUGCUCUCAUCCAGCCGGAUAUGGCAGAACUGGUUGAAGCUGCCGCUCGUCUGUACAUUAUAUGCAGCGAAUGGGGCGUCAACAUUUUGGAUUCAAUAUGUGAUGGCCAUGUUGACUGCUUGGAGUGGUUGUACAUGAUUUUGUUUUUGAUCGUCGGAGUUUCGGUACUAUGUCCUUCCAUAAUAUUUUGUAUCAUAGAGGGGCCUGAAACAGUGCAGGAUUUUGCCACAAUGGAGCUGCAGGAAAUUCAAGAUAAUAUUCGGAGUCGUCGCAACAAAAUUUUCUUGCAUAUGGAGGAGGUUCGCAGGCUGAGGAUACAACAGCGGAUUAAACGUGCAGAGCUUGGAGCGGUAAAUGAAGAUCAAGAAAACGAACUUCCUAGUUUUCCAUCGUUCAUUCCAUUUUUGCCUCCCCUGAGUUCAGACAACCUUAAGCAGUAUUAUGCUGUUUGUUAUUCAAUUAUUGUGGGGUUUAUCCUUUUCGGUGGCCUCAUAGCACCCUCCUUGGAGUUGAAGCUGGGAAUAGGAGGCACAUCAUAUAAAGACUUUAUAGUAAAUAUGCAUCUGCCGUUGCAGUUGAGUCAAGUUGAUCCCAUAGUGGCGUCAUUCUCUGGAGGAGCAGUCGGAGUGAUCUCAGCAUUGAUGGUAGUUGAAAUAAACAAUGUGAAACAGCAGGAGCAUAAACGAUGCAAAUAUUGUCUUGGAACUGGAUCUCUUGCUUGUGCUCGUUGCUCCAGCACUGGAACCCUUGUUCUUACUGAACCAGUAUCGACAGCUGAUGGCGGAAACCAACCCCUAUCUCUGCCAAAAACUGAACGAUGUUCAAAUUGCUCAGGAGCGGGAAAGGUAAUGUGCCCGACAUGCCUUUGCACUGGAAUGGCGAUGGCAAGUGAACACGACCCUCGGAUCGAUCCCUUUGAUUAGAAGUGGAGCGGCAUCGGUAGUCGUUCCCUUACCACUUACAACCUUCUUUCUUUCUUUUGAUGCAAAUGCAAUACAUACAUCCUCUCAUAAGUCGUGUCAUAAGCAAGGAACUUCUGUAUACAUCAACUGUUAAAGAAUUUGACCAGACAUCUGAUUGCGAUUCAAAAGU